GGCGGGGCUGGGGGAGGUGGCUCUGGCCUGGCAGGCGCCUGCGCUGUGGCUACCGCUGAGGAAGAUGCCGUCGGUUUCGAAAGCGGCUUCUCGAAGUGGCGGGUCCGGUGGGUCUCCGCAGACAGAGCAGCCGACGCACUAUACGUAUCUAAAGGACUUUAGGACAGAGCAGUGCCCCCUAUUCUUGCAGCACAAGUGUACCCAGCACAGACCAUUUACCUGUUUUCAUUGGCAUUUCCUAAAUCAGCGUCGUCGUAGACCCAUUCGAAGGCGUGAUGGGACUUUUAACUACAGUCCAGAUGUUUAUUGUACAAAAUAUGAUGAAACCACAGGAAUCUGUCCAGAUGGAGAUGAUUGUCCUUAUCUGCAUCGAACAACAGGGGAUACAGAAAGAAAAUAUCAUCUCAGAUAUUACAAGACUGGAACAUGUAUUCAUGAAACAGAUGCUCGGGGCCACUGUGUGAAGAAUGGACUCCACUGUGCCUUUGCUCACGGGCCUCAUGACCUUAGACCACCAGUAUAUGAUAUAAGGGAACUUCAGGCACAGGAAGCCUUACAGAAUGGGCAGCUAGGAGGUGGAGAAAACAUCCCUGACCUACAGCCAGGAAUUCUAGCUAGCCAAGCAAUGAUUGAAAAAAUUCUUAGUGAGGAUCCGAAGUGGCUGGAUACUAAUUUUGUAUUAGCUGGCUACAAGACAGAACAAUGCACCAAACCCCCCAGACUCUGCCGCCAGGGUUAUGCAUGUCCCCAUUAUCACAACAGUCGAGAUAGAAGACGGAAUCCCAGAAAAUUCAAAUACAGGUCUACUCCUUGCCCCAGUGUAAAACAUGCAGAUGAGUGGGGUGAACCUUCCAAGUGUGAAAAUGGGGAUAACUGUCAGUAUUGCCAUUCUCGUACUGAACAGCAGUUCCAUCCUGAGAUUUACAAAUCUACAAAGUGCAAUGACAUCCGUCAAACAGGUUACUGCCCGCGGGGUCCAUUUUGUGCAUUUGCACAUGUUGAAAAGGACACCAUGAAUGUAGUCAUACUGCAAACUGGUUGUCAAUCAAAGCCAGGCGCUCAUCUGUUUUCAGCAGACAGCAUAGGAAUUGCAAAUGAAUGGAGCAGCAGUCUUAACUCCACAAACAGCAUUACAAAUAACAAUGGGCAAUCUGGAAAUAUUUCCUGUGCCUCAAGUCCAACAGUAAUGUCAAGCUCUGGUAGCUGUAGCUCAUUAUCGCCUAUUGGACCCCUUUGUAGGCAAAGAUCAUUAGCAAAUGGUGCUUUGUGUUCCGAGUGUAGCCCAUCAGGUGUUUCUUCACCAAAUUCUAGCUACCCAAAAGCACCAGGUUUUGAACGAGAGGAUCAGGUGAAACAGAAAAGCCUGCCAGCCGACAAUUAUCAGAAAAUAAGUGAACAAGACAGUAAGCAGAACCAUCUCAGUGUUUUUUCAGUGGUUAAUCCACUUGCUUCAAGUAUAACCUCCAGUAUAACUUCUAGUCUGGCUUCCAGUAUUGGAUCAGAUAAUUCAUCCCCAACAGCUCUCUCAGUUAUCAGUGCCAAAGCUCUCCCAUUCUACCCUGGCAGUAAUACAGUUGAAUCAGUUAUAGGUUCUGCUUUAGAUCUACAUUUUAGUGAUAUAAAUGUUGCAUCCUUAGAUCAAGAAUUAGAAGAUCAAGAAAACAGUGACCUUGGAUUAACAAGUCAAAGGUUACUGGGAAGUUCAGCUCCUGUCAAUAUUCCAGGUUCUGUUGCUCGUUCCUCAUCUUUACAUUCAUCAUCUUCCCUUUCAACCUCUCCACUCAGUUCUCUUUCACAGUCGUUGUCUCAGUCUUUUAUUUCAUCCACUAUGGCUCCUCACCAACAGCAGACUCAGCCUUUGAAAUCAGAACAUAGUAUGUUAGGCACUUCAGCCUCUUCUCAUAACUCUUUAGGUUUAAAUGGUGUUACAGGGAGCAUUUGGGACUUCAUAACUGGGAGUUUCUCUCCUAGUCCAUCCCCAGUAUUGAACAGUGGUACUAUACCCUCAACAAACUCAAACACCAGUGGAAGUGAAUUAGCUCACAUUAGACAGGAACUUGAUGAUGCCAAUCGAAAAAUAAAACGAUGGGAAGAUUCUUGGGAACAAGUAAAGCAGGCAUGUGAUGCAUGGCAGAAAGAGGCCCAAGAGGCAAAGGAACGUGCUAAAGUGGCAGAUGCUGACAAAAAACUAGCUCUUCGGAAAAAAGAAGACUUAGAAAAUAAAUUAAAAAAGCUGCAGGAACAAUUUGAUAUGUGUCUGUCCACUACAGUACUCCAUAUGAAAAGCUAUGGCGAUAUAAAAAAGAUACCAUUACCAAAGCUUCAUUCUUUACAAAACCAACUGCGUUUAGAUUUAGAAACAGUAGAUGGGGUAAUUUUCCAACUUCAUUCAAAGAAGUGUGUUGUAUGCCAAGAACAUGACCGUAGUGUAAUCCUGCAGCCAUGUCAACAUUAUGUACUUUGUGAACACUGUGCAGCUAAACAACAGGAAUGUCCUUGCUGCAAGACGAAAAAAAGAAAUGGUGACGAAAAGUCAUGGUACUUAUAAUCAUGUUAAUUAACUAAAUAUAUUGUAUGUUCUGGUAUUUUAUAUAAGAAUUAUAUCUGUAGUAAUUAAUCCAUUUACUAGUGCUAGACUGAUCUCCAUUUUAACCUUAUAAGAUAUUUUAGUUGUUUUUACUAUAGGAAAUGUGGUUUGGCUGCCUUUACAUAUUGAAUUCUAUUCAUGAAGUUCUAAAGUUCCGUCGUUAUUUCUUUCCCCACCUGGCCUUUUCAGUUUUCCACUUAUAUUCCUGGUGCACAAGCUACUCAGGUUCACUUACAGCAUAAUCACUUCUUACAGGUGUGUACUUGCAAUGCAUGAAUGGGGGAUUUAUGUCCGUGCCUCCCAUUAGCAUUAAUGUAAGACACUCAUGUAAAUACAAUACUUGUUGAUGGGAGGACCUUACCCCUCACCAUGUUUAUGGUGUGCUGUAAUCCUUUGCCAGUAUUUCUGAAUCAGUCUAACACUACUGUUUACUUGGUUAUUUGAAGAAAUUUGAUUCCUGUAAAAGCACUUUGCUAACUGUUUUUUGUUAGAGACUGUUAUAAAUUGCUUAACCUGCUUUCUAGGUUUUAAUGUUUAUUUUUUUAAUAUUUAGUAUGAAGCUUUGUGUGUGUACUGUGAACUUAAAAUAUUUAUAUCAGUUUUACUGUUAAAUCAUAUUAUGAUAGUAUAGUAUAGUUAAAUUUCAUUUUUGGCUUUAGUAGUUACUAAAUGAACAGUUACGAGAACUUGCCUAGAAUUUUUACAGUUUAAGUCAACUGCAGACUAAUAGUAUUUAUAAGUAUACUAGCAGAGAGUGACAUUGAAAGAGACACAUAUGCGUAAAUAUUCAAAUACUUUUUUUUUAUUUUGUGAAACAAACCAGUUUUCUUAAACAACUGUGUAUUUGCAUAUUGCCCCAAGUUGGAUUUUUGUAGUCUUAAUGAAAGCAAUUGUAUAACUCCUAAUCUGUGUGAUUACCUAUCAUGAAUUGAUAUAAUCCAUAGCCACUUUUACCAAGUGCCUGUGCCUUGCACCCAAUAAAAUUGCAAAAUACGUGAA